UUCAUAAAACUCGGGGACACAAAAGAGCCCUGAUACGCAGCGCAGAUUGUAAUAUGUGUAAAAGAACAUGGAAUAAAAAUGAUUGCUCUGUAAGAAUUCAAACGCGAUCCACUUUCACGCACUAUGUUCUGCAAGCUGCCUGUUCGGAUGACGUGGCUUCUAAAAUUUACCCUCUGGAUUCGUAUGGUUGUUGGAAUGAAUGAGGUCACUAUGGCUGAUCUCAAAAGUCAUUUGGCAACAGGACAGAAAAUUUGGAUCCAGCACAGCAGUUUCAAAAAGGCCACUUACAGCCAAAGGCACAUGUGCAUAUAUUUUGUAGUAACCCCGCAGGUGCAAGGACAAUAUUUAUUUUCUGAGCAUUUCGAGGUUCAAAGCCGACGGCAAAAGCAACAAUUUUACGGAUCAAUUUUUGAAGGAAGACAAGGACCAACAAUGCGUGUAAGCCAGCGACCAGGAGUCAAAGGCACUGACUAUACUCUCCUUUUUUGGGACGCCAGGGAUCACUGCGCUGUUUUUUCGCUGCAGUCUAAAGAAAGGCUUCAAGGAGGCCAGACGAAUCUAAACCGACCGCUGCACCUGGCCACCCAUGACAGAAUCUGGACCCGUUACCGCAGUUAUGAAAGCAGCACUAACGGAGAUAAGCACGUGUGCAUUUACCUCGAAGCAAGGAAUCAGGGGCACUCAAAUUAUUUCUUCACUAAGCAUUACGAGGUUGGUCGCACGUGGAGGAGUCGGCAGUUGUAUGGAACAAUAGCUGAAGGCAGAGAUGGACCCAUAUUAGUAGUUACAAGCAAACAAGGAACACCGGGCGUGAGGUUUACUUUGGUUUUCUGGCAUCCAGUGGAACACUGCGCCGUUUUUACUGUGAUGCACAGAGGCAGCAAACAAUGCGAGAUGCGCGUUUGGGGAGAUCGCGUUGAAUCACCCGUGCCGUAUUGCCAACGUGCAUACACGCAGCAUUGCACCUUACAAUAUAGGCCUUACACAAGCUAUUGCGUGCAAUGACUGAAAAAAUAAACACGCUCUCAUUAA